GAGGGGAGGAGGGAGAAAGAGAGAGAGUGCGAGAGAGAGAGAGAGAGAGAGCCUCUUCUUCCGCCGCCCGUCCCGGCUCACCUGGGCAGCUCUCCCCCCUGUUCUGCCAUGGCCCGCCGGUCGCAGAGCUCCUCGCAGGGUGACAACCCGCUGGACCCUAACUACCUCCCACCACACUACAAGGAAUACUACCGGCAGGCGCUGGACGCGCUGACCGAGGAGGGUCCCGAGGCCUACCAGCGCUUCCUGGAGGAGGAGGGCGUCCCGGACUUCCUGUGCCCCUCGGAGGUCGACCACAUCACGCGGCACCUGCAGCAGCCCCAGCAUGUUGUCCAAGAGGGGGGUGGGGGGGCUGGGGAGGGAGGGGGUGGCGGCGGGGAAGGCAGCGGAGGGGGCAGUGGGGGCUCCGCGCCCCCCAAUGACACAGACCUGGACGGCUCAUCGGGGACCUACUGGCCAAUGAACUCCGACCUGGCCGUUCCGGAGCUGGACCUGGGCUGGCCGAUGGUCUUUGGCUUCCGGGGAACAGAGGUGACCACACUGGUGCAGCCCCCACCCCCGGACAACCCCAGCAUCAAGGAGGAAGCCCGGCGUAUGAUCCGCGCGGCGCAACAGGUGGUGGCCAUCGUGAUGGAUGUCUUCACGGAUGUGGACCUCCUGGCCGAGGUGCUGGAUGCAGCCGCCCGCCGGGUGCCCGUCUACAUCUUGCUGGAUGAGAUGCAGGCCCAGCUCUUCCUGGACAUGGCCGCCAAGUGCCGAGUCAACCUCAACUACGUGGAUUUCCUGAGGGUCCGCACAGUCUCCGGCCCCACCUACUACUGCCGCACUGGGAAGUCCUUCAAGGGCCACGUCAAGGAGAGGUUCCUGCUGGUGGACUGCAUGGUGGUGUUGAGUGGCAGCUACAGCUUCAUGUGGUCCUUUGAGAAGAUCCACCGCAGCAUCGCCCACAUCUUCCAGGGGGAGCUGGUGGCCAGCUUCGACGAGGAGUUUCGGAUCCUGUUUGCACAGUCAGAGCCCCUGGUGCCCCCGGCCAACGUCCUGGUGAAGGCAGCAGAGACCCCGCUGGGACCCUAUGGGAUGAUGCCCUUUGGGGGCCACCCGCCCUUCUUCCCAAAGAAGCCCCACCCGCUGCUCUUCCCCCGGGAGGAGAGCCUCUUCCCGGGCCCCUUCGCGGACAGGGUGGACCCGGACCGGUACUUCCUGUCCUCCUUCCGGAGGGAUGACAUGCUGCGGCACACAAUGGAGGGUUCGGCAAUGCGCAUGUACGCCAAGAAGGCGGAGCUGGAGAGCGCGCAGCUGGACCCCGGCCGUGGCUUCCUCCGUACCCGGCAGAUGGAGAUGGACGCCUUCAAGCGGCACAGUUUUGCCGAGGGCACCUUCGAGAACUUCACCUCCUCCAAGCAGUUCUCCAGGCAGAUGUUUGCCAACAAUCUGGACGACUUCAAAAUCCAGUCCAGCCAUUUCCAGAAGGACCAGUUUUACCAGUACCAGUUUGAGCCCCCGCACGGUGCUCACAGGCCCCAGGGGCUCUUUGAAAGGAUACGGGGAGGCCGCCCCGGAUUCAAUGAGCCACCUGAGGACUUUGCGGACGGUUUCCGGUACCCCGAGCUAGAGUCCAGCUUCCCCCAGGAAGGCUUCCCUCUGCGGCUGGAUUACGUGCCGUCCAACUCCUCCAAGGAAGUGCGGCACGGCUCCGAUCGCAUGAACCCCGGCGGGAACGGCCUCCAAGGCUUGUCGUCUCUCCUCCGGAGACAGAACAUGGGGCAGAAGUUCCUGUGCCAGACGUCCCCAACUCAGAAGCAGAGCCUGGAGCAGAGACUCUUCUUCCAGGAGCAGGACCAGGAGGCUGAGCACGACAAGAAGGCCCAGGAGAACCGGGCCGGCCUGCGCAACUGGAGGAUCUCCUCGUACCUGAGUGGCUGCCAGCCGGAGACGGGCGAGGAGGGGGCCCCAGCACCCAUAGAGCCUGAGGGCCACAGCGAGGGGCCACCCCCCACGGAAGCCCUUUUCCCCAGGUAUCCCAGCGACCUCCUCUUCCCCUCUUUCAAAGCCCCCCUGUCUCUCUCCAGCUCCAAGGAGUCGGGGGCCGGAACCGAGGAGGCCCUGGGGGUCCCGAAGCAGGACUCUUUCCGGAGCAGGAUCAACCCCUUGAUCCAGAGGACCUCUCGCCUCAGGUCUUCCCUUAUUUUCAGUGCUGCCAAGUUAGACCAGCCCAAUGCUUCGGCCGAGAAAACGCUCCAGAUGGUACAGAAAGAACAGACGACCAGCGAGAGCACAAACGACAGCGAGACAGUAAAGACCAGCACCUCCAAAGUGGCCGAGCUGCUCGAGAAGUACAAGACGGUGGGCAAAGACUCGGAAAGGACCACCGUCAGCCAGACCAAGGCCAUGUCCGCUUUCCUCCAAGAAGAAAGCCAGGGCAGCGAGAAAAGGAGCACCAAGUCGGUGCAGUACAAGAUCCUGGAGAGCAGCGUGGUGGAGGCCAAGGACUCUUUCCACAACUACAAGUUGCUCUCGGACUCAGAGGGGCAGUUUGGGGGCACCCCCCCGGCCGGCCAGCUCACGGAAGGGCUCAGCAAAGACCCCACAUCGCAGGUCGGCAGCCAAAUGGACAAACUGUCCUCUCGGUUCUAUCCGGUGGACAAGAAGCCCAGCCCUUCCGAGAAGGAGAGCCUCAUUUUUGUUGGAGAAACACAGUCGCUCACUGCCCCAGAAAGGAAAGAGAAGCCGGCCUUCCCUAGUGACGUGCACAGCCCGUCCGAAACGGAAUCAAAAAAGCCCUCCCCAGAGCAAACCAGCCCCUCUCUGGCCCCCGAAGGGCCCCUCAAGAGCCCCGAGGGCCCUCCCGCCAAGCCAGAGGAAGAGGGUAGCAAGCAGGAGCAGAGUCCCAGGGAGUUCUUCAGGAAGGGCUCCCUCCGGCUGAAGCAGCUGCUGAGCCCCAAAGCGGAAAGGAAGCCCGACGAUGACCUUGGCCCUGAGAACUGGAAGCCAGACCGGCCGAACACGGCAGCGGCGGUCAAGAGGCUCUCCAAGAGCGACUACCCCGAGAUGAUCGAGGAGGAGGAGAAGACCCCAAAGCUGGGCCCACCAGCCCCUGCCCUCAAGGGGGGCAGCCAGCCACGCUUGCCCCUGUCCACCGCCAACGUCCUCUACAGCAGCAACCUCCGCGACGACACCAAGGUCAUCCUGGAGCAGAUCUCGGCCAACAGCCAGAAGAACCGGGCCGAGCUGGCCAGGCAGCAGCUCCCGGGGGCUGGCAACCCGGAGCUCUCCAAGUCCACCACCAGCCUGGACCACAGGGUGUCCGAAGAGCGGGGCUCGGCCGGGACAGGGAUCAGCCGGUCGGAGAGCUUUGGCCACCACCACCGGCGGGGGCUUCAGAAGGAGCAGCACCCCGAGGACCGGGAGUCCCUCCUCAAGCGCAUGGAGAGCAUGAGGAAGGAGAAACGGGUCUACAGCCGCUUCGAGGUGUUCUGCAAGAAGGACGACCCGAGCGAGGAGCUGGACGGCGACAUGGACGCCAAGGACAAGAAGAUGAGCAAGUUCAUGCCCAAGCUCCUGGGCACCUUCAAGACCAAAAAGUGACCUUAGUUCCACCCUGGUGCUGGACUCUUCACUCUCCCAGAGGGACCUUUGUUGGUGGGCAGCCCUCACAGGGGGGGACACGAGGGCCACGGGGAGGGGGUGGCAGGACAGGGAAAGACUGACUGCCGCCCGGACGGUGGCCAGGGGCCUUCAAGCCCAACACCACCUGCCUUCUUUGUGGGGGAUCCAAGCAGAGCAGAGCACCUUCGCCUCUCUCUGAGGACAAUUUGGCUGCUGCUGGUGGUAGUGGUGGUGGUGGGAUGGGGGGCAACCAAGGGGUCUUCUAUCUAGCCUUUUCUGCUCAGGACUGUGCCUUCUGCCUCAGGGUCUGCCUCAGGCAUGGUGCCUCUUCUCUUACCAGGUGUGCCUUUCCCCUUGACGAGCACUGACACACCCUUGUGCCUUUUCCCUGGAGCCUCCUGUGGAGGGAAGGAGGGAGGGGGCAGGGUCUUCUGCGAGGGUGGGGGGAUAUCAGGAUGGGUUGGGGUUAGUGGUGGCCAUGGCAACGGAGCGUCCAGAUGACCACAAACCUCCCCCUCCCUGCCCCACGCUGGGCAGCAGGCAGGACCCGUGUUCAAUGUACUGUCGAAGGCUUUCAUUGCCGGAAUCACUGGGUUGUUGCUGUUUUUUCCGGGCUGUAUGGCCAUGUUCUAGAGGCAUUUUCUCCUGACGUUUCGCCUGCAUCUAUGGCAAGCAUCCUCAGAGGUAGUGAGGUCUGCUGGAACUAGGAAAAUGGGUUGAUAUCUGUGUGGAAUGACCAGGGUGGGACAAAGGACUCUUGUCUGCUGGAGCUAGGUGGGAAUGUUUCAACUGACCAUAAUAUGCUGUGUCCAACUGGCCUGGACACACCAUAUGAUUUGAGAGCACAGAAAUGCUGGACCACUUGUCAAGCUAAGGUGCAACUUGACAGAAGCGAAAUGCUAGAUCCACCAGACACAGCUCUGAAAUCAAGGACUCUGGAGACUUUGGUUACAAAAGAAAACUCAGUUGACUAAGCACAGGAAAACACGUCCAUCUACAGCGAGCGACACACAAAACCGAAAGUCAAAACAGAACUUUGCAGCGGUUAGUCUUUCUUGCUCCAAGCGGCAACUCCCUAGAAGUUCUCAGCAGAAGAAGAGAGCUUCUCUUAAGGUCACUUCAUCACAGCCUCAACAUAAACAUUUCAGCACAGCAUUUCCAUUCUCAGUGGCAUCCAUAUUUGCGACACAAGAAUUACAUUUAAAACUAAUACACAUAAUACAUAUAAUUCUGACACCACUCUCACCACCACCAUGUCAGGCUGCACAGAGAAGCCAUUGAAAUACACAAGAAGCAGGUGGACAAUUUCAACAGAAAGGAGGAAACCAUGAAAAUGAACACAAUCUGGCCACCAGUAUUAAAAAAAAACUCUAAAAUUACAACAGCACAAGAACAGAGAAGAAACAAUCAGGGACAUCUAAUCACCUCUCAAAAAAAGAUUGCCCCAGGCUCUGCCAGGCCAUCAAAUGCUCAUCAAGGUGGUCAGUGGAAACAUUCACACCUAGCCCCAGCAGACAAGAGUCCUUUGUCCCACCCUUGUUCUUCCAUGGAUAUAUCAACCCAUUUUCCU